AUGUUCUCCUCAAGGUGGUCGUCCAACAUCAACAGCAACUAUGAGGUCUCCAAGACAUCCACAUCAAGUGCCGGGCCCUGGAACAUAUACGAUGCAAAGAAAAAGUCCACCGGCAAGGCCUACUCGGUCUUCAUUUUCGAGAGGAAGUCGCUGGACCAGCAUGCCGGCUCCAUGAGCCGGUCGAGUGCCUCCGCCUUCAAGCGAGUGUGUGACGAGGUUGUCGACCGCUUGAAGAGGGAGGCAUCCGCCCUGGCGAAGCUCCGCCAUCCGAGCGUACUAGAACUGGUCGAGCCGGUCGAAGAUACCAGAGGUGGUGGACUUCAAUUCGUGACAGAGGCCGUGACCACCUCGCUGGCUAGCGUGCUCCAAGAAAAGGAUGACCAGGAGAGGUCCGGCGGGGUGGGAGGCCGCUCGAGUCGCUAUGUCACGGAGGACUCAGAGGGCAACCGGAGAAGACGGGAGCUCGAGAUUGACGAGCUGGAGAUCCAAAAGGGACUUCUGCAACUGAGCAAAGCUCUAGAAUUCCUCCAUGAGAAUGCCGGGCUGGUCCACGGCAACCUCACGCCCGAUGCCAUUCUCAUCAAUGCUAAGGCACGUCGAUCCGACUGGAAAAUCAGCGGCUUGUCUUUCUGCAGCCCCCCUGAUCAUUCCUCAAAAGCGACGUCUUUCCAGCCGGUUAGUCUUGGCGAAGUUCUCAACUUGGAUGCACGCCUGCCACGUUUUGUGCAGCUGAAUCUCGACUAUACGUCCCCUGACUUUGUCAUGGACAACAAUCUCACUACAUCAGCCGACAUGUUCUCGCUAGGGCUGGUGUGCAUCGCACUCUAUAAUUCUCCCCAUCGAUCUCCAUUGGAGUGCAAUUCCAGCAUAUCCGCCUACAAGAGACUGUUCAACUCAUCUUCUACAAUCCCUUCACAGAGCAACAGUUUUCUUUGCAGUCGGCCGCUACCACGAGAUCUGGCAAACUAUGUACUUCCAAGGCUCAUCACGAGAAGGCCAGCUCAGCGAAUGACAGCCAAGGAGUUUCAGAUGAGCGAGUAUUUCAAUGGCAUUUUGAUAUCAACGAUCCGGUUCCUCGAUACCUUCCCUGCCAAGACGCCCGGUGAGAAGAAAUCUUUCUUGCGGGGCUUGACUCGUGUUUUGGAAGAGUUCCCCAAGUCAGUCAUGGAGAAGAAGGUCUUACCGGGCCUUCUCGACGAGAUGAAGGACAAGGAGCUGUGGGCGCCGAUAUUGAAAAACGUUUUCACCAUAAUUAGGCUACUCCCUUCAGGCAAGCGUGCAUUCACUGAUAAGGUCAGACCGGUGCUCAAGGAGCAUUUUGUCACCAAUGCCAAGCAAACGCAGGAGAAGGAUAACGACAGAGACGCCGGCUUGAUGGUCGUGCUGGAGCACCUUGCCACUAUUGCCGACAGCUCAUCAGGCAAGGACUUCAAGGAUGACAUUCUACCCAUCAUCGGAGCAGCGCUGGAGUCGCCCACGCCAGCCGUUGUCGAUGCGGCGCUUCGAAGUCUGCCCGUCGUACUCCCGGUUUUGGACUUCAGCACCAUCAAGAACGAUCUGUUCCCAGUGAUAGCAACCAUCUUUAGCAAAACAAAUAGCCUCGCCAUCAAAGUGCGAGGCUUGCAAGCGUUCGCCAUCCUGUGCGGCGGAUCCGAGGACCCCGCCGCGGAGGAUGGCCUCAGCGGUCUCGCGCCGGAGAAGAAGAAGACGUCCUCGUCGAGCGCGCUAGACAAAUAUACCAUGCAGGAGAAGAUCGUGCCGCUGAUCAAGGCCAUCAAGACGAAGGAGCCCGCAGUCAUGAUGGCGGCACUCAAUGCAUUGCGCGUAGUAGGCGAGACUGCGGAUGCGGACUUUGUCGCCAUGGACAUCCUCCCCGUCCUCUGGUCGAUGAGUCUCGGUCCUCUGCUGGAGCUGAAGCAGUUCCAGAGCUUCAUGGACCUCAUCAAGCACUUGUCGAGGAGAGUGGAGGAUGAGCAGACGAAGAAGCUGCAGGAGACUUCCAUCGCAAACAACGGCGUGUCUGCUGCGGCGCCCAACGACGAUAUGCUGUCGUUCGGCGGGCUGACAGGAACGCAGUUUGACGCCACGAACGGCGCCGGAGACGACGACUUCGAGCGCCUGGUCAAGGGCUCGGCGGCAGCCGGCUCGUCGUCAGCGAACCCCAUGGACAGCAGCUGGGACAGCAUGCCCACUGCCCGCGUCGCAUCCCCGGGCAUCAGGGCUGCCGCUCAGGCCAGCGAGCCGAGGUUCUCCUGGUCCAGCCAGCCCACGAGCCCCGCGCCCGCCUCCGCCAGCGCCUUCGGCAAGCCCGCCGGCGCCCCGCCGGGCUUCCGGACCGUCACCCCGGACCUCGCGGGCAUCGCCUCCCUCACGCCGUCCACGACGCAGUUCUCCCAGCCCCUGCAGCCGACGGCGAACACGACGUCGACGACGACGACGGCAACGGCCUUCUCCCCGCCGCCCGCGCAGCAGAGCUCCUCCGCCAGCCCCUGGGCCACGACGAACUCGUCCGCGCCCAUGGGCGGCGGCGGCGGUCUGAACUCGUCCAUGGGCGCCAUGGGGCUGGCGGACCAGCAGAAGAGGCCUGCGCCCCUGGCGGCCGCCCAGCCGCAGAAGCCGUCGUACUCGCUCGCUCCUCCGCCGGGGGCCGGGGCGACGACCAUGAGCACUGCCACCACCACCACCGGGACUUUCGGGGGAGGCGGCGGCGGCGGGUUCAGUCUCGCCCCCCCGCCUGCACAGCAGCAGCAGCAACCCAACUACGGGCGGCCGGGCAUACCGUCUACCGGCAGCACGGGGUCUAUGGGGUCUGCUUAUGGGCGGGGCCUGGCCUCUGGCGCGAGCGCGGUGGGUGGCGCGUCUGGUAUGGGGAUGGGGACGGGGACGGGCAUGGGCAUGGGCAUGGGUAUAGGUAUGGGCAUGAGUGGGAGCGGGAUGGGUGGUGGCAGUGGCAUGGGGAGUUUGAUGCAGCAGCAGCAGCAGCAACAACAACACCAGGCUCAGCCGCAGCAGGGAGCCAAGUCUGGGCUGGCCAAGUAUGAGAGUCUGCUAUAA